AUGGCCAACAAUCCAUCGCAGCUUCUCCCAUCAGAGUUGAUUGACCGGUGUAUAGGUUCGAAAAUUUGGGUGAUAAUGAAGGGUGACAAGGAGCUUGUUGGUACUCUUAGAGGCUUUGAUGUUUACGUCAACAUGGUACUUGAAGAUGUUACCGAAUACGAGAUCACUGCUGAAGGGAGACGGAUAACAAAGCUUGAUCAGAUUUUACUCAAUGGAAACAACAUUGCCAUUUUGGUCCCUGGUGGUUCCCCUGAGUCUGAAUGA